UUUCAAUAUGCUUCUAUUCAAUCUUGGCCUCCCUAGCCAAUAUAUUGCCCUUCAUUAUUGCCAAUCUAGUCCUUUGGAGAUCCAAAAAUAUCAAGAGAAUAUAAACCGGCCGCCUCCUUGCCUCACUUCGUUUCAUUAUUCUCAUCCCACUCAACUCCUUGCAAUCAAACACUAGUCUUCAACAAGGAUUAUCUUACUAUCUUCUAAAUCACAGAAUCACAAAAAAGAAAUCAUGCGUCUUCUUUGGUUGACGACCCUUCUGCCCCUGCUUGCCUCGGCUGCGCCCGCCACCAAGUCUUCGUGCCCUGCGCCUCCUAAGCCACCUUAUGCAUUGGGGGCUCCCAACACUUCUCCUCCCGUCUUCUCCAACGCGGGCCGCAAAAACGUAGUCUACUUUUCCAACUGGGCCGUUUAUUCGGCAAAUUAUACUCCGUCUGAUAUCCCCGUCAAUGAUGUAACACAUCUCGUCUAUGGCUUUGCGGAAAUCCAGACAGAUGGCAGCGUAGCCCCAUCAGACCCUUAUGCCGAUCUCCAGGCCAAAUUCACUCAUCAAGCCUCCAGAAGCGUCGUCAGACGAGACACCAACGAUGUCAACGGCUGCAUCGAGGAGAUGUUCAAGCUCAAGAUGGCAAACCGCCAAUUAAAGACAAUGCUUUCGGUUGGCGGUGGCAAGAAGUCACAGGCAGAUCUCUUCGCUGCAGUUGCUAGUGACGACACCAAGCGCCAAAAGUUUGUCGAUACUGUCAUCUCCAUGCUUGGUGACUAUGGUCUCGACGGUAUCGAUCUCGACUGGGAAUAUCCCGAACAGUCCCAAGCUGGCGAUUUCGUCACUCUCCUCAGAGCUACAAGAGAAGGUCUUGACAAAUACGCCAAGGACAACUCACAAGACUAUCACUACCUGCUGACCGUGGCGGCUCCUGCUGGCAAGGACCACUACGGCAAGCUUGACAUCUCCGGAAUGGACGAGUACCUCGACUCCUGGAACAUCAUGGCCUACGACUUCGCUGGAGGCUGGAACUCGCACGCUGGAAACCAAGCCAAUGUCUUUGCUGAUCACAGAAACCCCAACUCCACGCCGUUCAACACCGACCAAGCUAUCCGCGACUACACCGGCGCUGGCGUUGCUCCGGAGAAGCUCAUUCUCGGCAUGCCUCUCUACGGACGCUCAUUUGCAGAUACUGACGGCAUGGGCAAGACCUUCAAGGGCGUUGGGCCCAACACUGACGACGGCAUCAUCCCGUACCGUGAUCUGCCUCGCGCCGGAGCCAAGGAAUCCGUCAACCAUUACCUACUGGCAGCCUACAGCUACGAUACCGACGCCAAGCUGCUGGUCUCAUAUGAUACUCCUGACAGUGCCAGACUCAAAGUCAGCUAUGUCAACGACAAGAAGCUUGGUGGCGUCGUUUUCUGGGAAGCCUCUGGUGACAAGACGGGCGAAAACAGUCUGGUAAAGACUGUUGCCCAAACAAUGCACGAUUUGGACGGAAACCAAAACAUGUUGUCCUAUCCCAACAGUCGCUACGAUAAUAUCCGCAACAGUGGCAGCAACUAAUGUCACAGCGCUGGGUGAGAAAAAGACAUCAUGUAUAUGGAACGAACUUAAUGACAGCAUGGGCGGCGUUUUAGGAGUUUCCUCUGUUCUUUUUAAAGCAUAUCUGAUAUUUCAUUUCCUUUUUUGUAAUUUUCGCUAGUUAAUCAAAUGAUUCUUUCAACAAAACAAGCGCUUAAAAUGCUGCCCAAAACAGUAUAAAUGCAAACAGACGUAAAACAAAAUCAGUAAUAAACGUGUCAUGUCCAACCAGUAAAAAUAACAAAAUAAUGUGUAAAAAGAGAGUGGAAGCAUAUACGCUGAGGAGACUCUCGGCCCGUGUCCUUGAUAUCCAAUAAAACAAAUACAUGACAACAAUAUUCACCUUUGUCCAUACAUUACACAACAGCAAGUUUCAACCCCCCGUUUAGAACAGAACAGCCAACACACCAGCUGCUACAGCCAUAGCUGCACCGAUGCUAGGCGUUGAGCCCAUUACACCAGCAGCAGCGAUAGGGACUGUAGGCUGUGGGAAGCCAACGCCGCUGCUCGAGUUGGGGUUGGUAGAGUUGCCGUUGCCAGCAGGGAAUGGCGCAAGCGUGUUGGUCGGUGCAGGCUUGGGAACAAUAGAUGUAAAGAUGGUAGUGGACUCUGCGGGACGGCCUGUGGGCUUAUCAUCGCCAGAGCCAUCCUGAGAACCAUCAUCACCACCACCGUUAUCAUCAUCAUCGCCGCCAUUGCCGCCAUCGCCAUCGUCACCACUAUCACCGCCACCAGAUGGACUAGGCGGGCUUGUAACACCCUCGUCUCCGUCCUGGGGAGUUGUGACAGUACCGCCAGUCGGAACUGCAAGAGGAGCCACCGUCUGGCCAACAGUCUUGACAAUAGUCUCGGUGUGGUCGAGAGAGUGCACGACAGACUCGGCCCUGAAGGCGCUGGCAGAGGAAGAAGUCUGCUGGGCGGUGGUGCUUGUCGUCUUGGAAGACUUUGGCUUCUUCGUCUUGGUCUUGGCUGCUUUGCUUGACGAAAAGACGGUAGAGGUAGAUGUGACAGUGACGACCGAGUCGCAGCUAGAAGAGGCGCUGGCAGCAACCUUUGAAGUCACAUACUGCGUGACGGUGAUGUUCUCGGUGACGCGGCAGUCUGUUCCUAUAGUCUGAGACGGCUUUCCAGUAACCUGCGGGUUUUCGGGGAGAGGUUCAAGUGAGACGGCAGGCCCGCCGUUGCGAGCCUCAACGCCUGGUGGUUGCAGCAGCGUGGCAUGGACGGCGCUGGAUGCCGCAACAGCAAGCAGCGCGCGGUGUGAGAGAGAGUAGCGCAUACUGAAAUAUGUGAUGUGAAGGAAUCCGAACACAAAAAAAACGUCGUAGAAACUAGGCGCUGACCGGCAGCCAAGAUGGAAUAAAAAAGGAAGGGUGGUGUUGUUGUUGUUGUAAGUGAAUGAAGUGACAGACAGGCCAAGUAAAAAAGAAAGAAACUUGUAAAAAGAAAUCCGGCACCUUGGGGGAAAACGACAGAAACUUGAGUCUAUUAGAGAAGCAAAGUAACAAAUUUCCCAUCCAGUAGCAGGCGAGGGCGACAAUAUGUAUACUAAUGAGCGCAUGAGCCCCCCAAGCGAAGCGGCGAUGCGUUUCAUCCCAACCGGUGGUCCAAGGCCAGCCCUUUGCAGAUUAUUAAGGAUGGCUUGUCGCAGGUUCAGCGGUAGAAAAAAAAAGUUUAAACCCCUCGCUGCCCGCCUAGCCCAGAAGCUGCGACGUGCAGUGUCGGAUGAGGCGUCUCAGAUAGCGCCGGCCACAUUGAAGCGGGCUCCCCGCACGUUGAAUUCUGCAGUUUCGCCCAUUUCAGCCAGAAAUCAUUCUUGAUCGGGUUUGCCUGUUUUUGGGGCUCGUGCUCUGUGCCAGAGAAGACACACAGAGCCAGUUCGCCAUAGCGUAAGGCGAGAUGAAACAAACGCCCGAGCGCACGACCGAACAUGGGCCUUGCUGAAAACGUGCCCUGAUCGCGGGUCUAGAAGAGCACAAAACUGUAAUCUGCUAAUUAAAUACCUUGGAAAAGGCAUUUUCGUGGGGCUUGAAUGGUUAGAAACAGACUCUUGUGAGACUUACUCUGAGGCUGCUAGGCUAUUUAGCCUCUUUCUUGAUAGCAUCUGUCAAACAGUCGUCAAUGAUUGCCUGUGCACAGCGUACGCAUGGGUGACGAUGACGAGCCAUCUGUUCAAAAACAUCAUUUUCGCCAGAGAUUCACAUUGUUGUAGACUUGUCUCCGGGAGAAUGCGUCCAUGGCCAAGGUUGAAGUCGUCGCCGAAUGCAAAGUCGCCGAUAAGCAAGGCUGACCAAGGGAAAAGAAGACUUUAAAAAUAGAAGAAAAAAUAAUGGUUAAAAAAAAGAGAUCAAAACAAAUACAAACAAAACUAGAAAAUCUUUGCCGAUUCUUUGCGCCCCGUUUUACACGUUUUACAUGGGACCAGGUGUCCCUGUUCAUUGCCUGCCUUUGCUCUACAUUUCUCCUCCUGGUGUUCCAGUCGAGUUCACGCCGUGAAACGCAUCUCCAAAAGCCGAGUCUUCCAUGUCCAUCUGAAGAUCCAGACCGUCGCCCAUGCUGUCUCCAUUGCCGUUGCCGUUGUUAUCGUCAUAGCCUGCCAGCGCAUCGCCCGCAGUGUCAAGAUCCUCUAGUGAGCCAAAGUCGUUUUGGUCAAACACAGCUCCUGGAGUACCUGUAAGGGGCGUCGCUUUGGCAGAAGAACCGGCGCCGGACGUCUUGGCCGGCUCAGCACCGCCUUCUGCCGCACCGUUGCCUUCUUUAGGCACCACAACCCAAUCACCGCUGCCGGUGCCUUGGUCUGGUGCUGUCUCGCCCUCGGCUGGUCUGCUCUGGCCUUCGGUGCCGCCCAUUGACACAUCGCCACCUGCCUGCGGCUGUGGUGGUGCAGCGGCGGCGGCAGGAGAAGGAGCCAUAGGAUUGGGUGUGGCAGCGUUUGACUGGCCAGCCGACAGCUGGGCCUGCGGUGUCGGGAAGUUGUUGUUUGGCGUAGACAUGGACGAGAAGCCCGUGUGCAUCUCAUCCAGGAGACCGGCUGCCGUACCGCCCAUAUCCAUAUCGGCCUCAUCCAUCAUUAAUUCCCCCACCUGGGAUCCCGGCUGAGAUGGUCGUCGGGAUUCUUCCUCGGGGGCCGCUACUUCAGGCUCAGGUUCUGGUUCUGGUGCAGGUUCCUGGUAGCCACCUGCGGCAACUCUGUCGAUCUUAGGCUUGGGCUCAAUUGUGUGACCAAGGGCUGUCUCGACAUCCUUGACAAUUUCAUCAAGCGUUUGCUUAGACUUGGAUGGCGCGCUGCUGGGGCCGUCAUCUUCUGUAGCAUCCACACGUCCUUCAAUUCGCCAAAUCUCAGCGCCAGUUUCCUCCUGGAGACCCUUCAAUUCGCGUUCCUUAGAGCGAAUAACUGAGCUGCCGCGGAAUUCCUCUAAAGACUUGGCAUGCUCAGCCUUCAUCUUCUCCAGUUCAGAAUUUGUCGAGUCAAUGUACUUGCUGACGCGGUCCUUGAACUUGUCAGCUUCGCCUUGGUCAAGCUUGCCUGUGUAGAUCUUGCCCUCUGGCUGGCUGAGAGCAUCAGGACCAACGCUAGCAAAGAUGCCUUCCGUAAGAGACGCAAGCUCUCCAGUCAAUCCGAGACCUAGAUCAGCGGGGACAAUCUGCCCCAUUCGGUAUGGCGAGGACAGAAUCUCUUCCAUCCACUCGUGGUUCUGCUGGUAGCGGCUGUAGGACACUUCUCUAGGAGUCAGGUGGUCAAACAUGUCUCCGCGAGCAAUAUCCUCUUCGUCAUCAAAGGGAUCCGCAGGGGCCAUGCUGGGAGGCAUUGGGGCUGGCUGGUUAGGAUUUUGAGCGUGGCGCGCGCGCUUAGUAGGCGGGCCAGUUGGGUUCUGCGAAGGAUACGCCAUCUGCUGUGGGACACCUCGAGGAGCCAUCUGAGGCGCCAUCUGGUGACGGGCAAGCUCAGGGAGCGAAGGCCAGUUGGCUCGGUCCGAGAGCAUGAAUUCUUUGCGUCGAAUCUGGCCAGCGCGGAGGAGGAAGUGUCGCUGCUGCAUUAUAGCGUUG